AUGGCGACACUACCAGCUACCAUCGUCGCCCUUUCCAUGGGGACCCGAGCGCUGAAUCUUUCCAAGAGCUCGUUUGGAGGAUCUCAGUUUCGUUUGAAGAGAUCCUUUUCCAGGAUGGUCUCGCCCAUUGUCAUGAUGCCUGAAGGUCCCGAAGUCCGUACCGUGGUGGAUCAAUUGCAAGGAGGAGUAGGGAAACGAUUGGUAGACAUUCAAUUCUUAUCAGGAAGAUAUAUUCGCCAUGGUCGACCGGUUGGUUUUGAAGAGUUCGCCAUGACAAUGACGCCCAGUACUUCUUGGACAGGCGAGGCUGAGGCUAUUGAUCAGAUUCAAGAAUGGAAUGCCAAAGGAAAGUUCAUAUAUUUAACGUUAGAUGAUGGAAAUACAGCUCCCGAGGAUGAUGAUGACUUUGCUCGAAGCAUAUGGAUUACGCUUGGUAUGUCGGGUAGGUUUCUCGCUGAAGGCGCUCAUCAACAAGAUCCUCGGUUUGCUCGCUGGUACCUCGAAAUGUUGGACAUAGAUUCUGGAUCAACCCGCAAAAUCUACUACCAUGACCAGCGCAAUUUUGGAGUUCUCAGGUUUUGCCUUUCGCAACAAGAGCUGACCAAGAAACUUGAGUCGUUGGGUCCGGACAUGCUGAGUGAGGACACAACCAUCGACGACUUUUUGGAACGAAUGGACCAGGCACGACAAGAUCUGAACGUUUGCAAGUUCCUAAUGGAUCAAUCUAAAAUUGCAGGUGUUGGAAACUACAUCUUGGCUGAAGGCCUCUAUCGAGCCAUGGUAGAUCCUUUUGCUUCCUUGAAUGAGAUUAAUGAAAGCCUACGGCGGAGUCUCUUCGACGAGCUUCGAGCAGUCUCUAGGGACUCUUAUCAAUCCCAAGGAAUGACCAGACCCGGCGGUACAUUUCAAGGCGUUGAAGGAGACCAAGGCCAGUAUGCCUUUCAACUGCAGUGCUAUGGACAAAAAGUAUGUCCCAAAGGAAAUCCUGUCAUAAAGGACACUAGUGGUCCACAUAAGCGAACCAUUUGGUACACGGAAGAACAGCUGUUCAAGCCACUUUCCGAGCGCCGCUUUUCCAUGACAUGGACCGAAGAAGAUGAAGCAAAAGUAGCAGCUUCUGCAACUGAUGAUGACGACUUGGAUGAUGAAACGACAGCUGUUUGGAAGGCUGGUAAGGACAUUGGUCUUGGACUGACCGAUCCUGGAUGGAAAGAAGUACUGGGAGAGGCUCUGUCCUCGGAAUCCUUUUCCAGGCUUCAGGCCUUCUUGGAUCAAGAGAUCGCGCAAGGUGAAACCAUCUAUCCGCCUCCAGACCAAGUUUUUUCCGCCUUUAAUCUGUGUCCGUUUGAAAAGACUAAGAUCGUCAUUGUCGGGCAAGAUCCAUACCACGGACCUGGGCAAGGGCAUGGUCUAGCCUUUUCGGUUCAAAAGGAUGUCAAGAUUCCUCCAUCUCUCCGGAAUAUCAUUGCCGAAGCCAUUGACGAUCUUGCCAUCAAGCAAUACCACGGCAACUUGGAGCACUGGGCGAAACAAGGGGUCUUGAUGCUAAAUACCGUUUUGACUGUCCAACGAGGCAAGGCCAAUAGUCAUGCCAAACAAGGAUGGGAGGAUUUUACGGAUCAAGUCAUUUCCGUGUUGAAUGAGAAAAAGGCUGAUGAUGGUGGUUUGGUAUUUCUGCUCUGGGGCAAUCCAGCGAAAAAGAAGGCAGCUGGAGUGGACGAAGACAAUCAUUUCUUGAUUCAAAGCAGCCACCCGAGUCCAUUGGGAGCAACCAAGACAAGUCAACCAUUUUUGGGAAGCCGGUGCUUUAGUCGAGCUAAUAAAGCAUUGGAAGAGAUGGGAAAGGAGCCCAUCAAUUGGGAUAUAAUAUGA